AGAGGAUUUAUCCUUAAAAACUAAACAGGAAUAUUGAAAAAUAUAUAGGGUUUGUAAAUUGAGGAACUUUGGGAAAACUAAGGAAAUUCGGCGCUCUUGGGAAAAAAUUCCGAAAUGUUGUUGUGGUUGUUCCUCUUCAGCAAAACACUCAAGUUCAUGAAAUUUAACACGUUUGGCUUCGUAUUUUGCACUUUUUUCAAGCAAUUUUAAAGAUUGAUGUUGAUGGAUUCAAACUUACUGUAUUUUGAAAGAAAGUACACGAAAGAACAAAGAAAUCUCAUCGUUUUAAACACCUAAAUUUUCUAUACAGAAAGAGCGAAGCUUGUAUUAUUAAUCAAUUUUCAGACAGCUGUAUGCAAAUUCGUUGAUCGUUGUAAAUCUUGAUCAGCAUAAUUAUUUACUGAAUCGUCUACACAGAAGUUCGAAAAUGAGGAAAGAAGAAAUUUAUAUUUGUGUUUUCGUGACAGUAUUUUUAAAUUGUUAUAUGACUCGGGGAGACGUUGAAAAAAUUGCCAUCCAUAUGCCAGGAGUUCGGCCAAAAAAGGUUUGUGAGUUUAUAUGUUUAUAAGGUGUCAAUUUAGUGUUGUAUAGAGUGUUAUCUCGAUUAUAAAGGUUGUGUAUCAGAGUUUUAGAUUGUUUUAAUAAUGGUACAUUUAUAUUAUAUUUAUGACUGGAUAUCAAUAAUUCUUUUAUACUAGUGUCUAUUUUCAUACCUCUGUAGGUUACUAGUUUCAUUGUAUUUUUUUUGCCAUUACUGUUAUAAAGUUAAUUUGCUGGAUACGGGUUCUCAUCACACUGAAAAUGAGGAUUACAUUGCAAUAGGGCCCGUAGUCGGCUUUAUGUAUUAUGACGUUUCUUUGCAUUGUGUGACCAUUACUACCAGAAUUACUUCCCGAGAAUCAUGAUUGAAAAAUAUAGCAAAAACUCACGAGCAUUCUGGUAGUAGUGAUCAGACAUUGUAAGACAACAUGUAUUUGUAACAAAUGUCUGAAUUUGUUUCAGAAUGAUAGCUACAUUUGCACAUCAUUGAAACUCCCAGCUGGUGAUUCGUUCAUAGGUAAUUACUGUUCGUAUAUUUUGCAAACAAUUUCAUAUUGUGUUAUUUACAGCUCGAACAGGCAAACAUAUUGUGUAUUUUUAAUGUGUUCAAACUAACCCAAAACCAAUCACCGGUGGAUUAUUUAGACCUAUGGCUAUUUCAUAAGUUCAUAACCGGAAAAUGUUUAGUCAAACUAACCCGCUGGUGAUUGGUUUUGGUUAGUUUGAAAACAUCAAAAAUAUGCAAAAGCAGCCUUCGGUUUGCCCGUUGAGCUGUUAAUAGCUGAUCAAUUGGUCAAAUUUUUCUGUCCUUUCAACUAGACCAUUUAAUUUGGUCCUGAAUUAAACUGUUAAACAUUCAGAAAAUAUCAGGAUUUAUUCAGUAAAUAGCAGGCUUGAUUCCUGCCAGAAGGCCUAUAGUUGAAUUUUUCACACUUGCUCCUGGUAAUUAGGUCUAAUAAAUGACUGUAUAAAAUUCACACUGACUCAAAAUUUUCAUCUACCAAACCCAUCUACAAUUCAGAAAAUAUACCUAAUUUUAGGAGAUUUCAGAUUUUUAUGGCAUGUUUUUUAUUUUGUUAUUCAGUCAAGUAUGAGCCAGAUGCCCACAAAGAAACAGCGCAUCAUAUGCUGUUGUUUGGAUGCAAAAAACCAGGAAGAUUUGGUAGUAAAGCAUGGUAAGUGAACUUACAGGCCCAUAUGGGUACACAAUAUGACUAUUCGUAAUACGAUUCAAGUGUUUGACUUUGAGCCUACUGUACCUUUACAUUAUUAGAAAACUGCAGGUUGAUAGGAAUUCAACUACCUGAAAAAUGCAAGUGAAACUUCAACGUUUCGGGCGGAUUUAACUACCUUUAGAAAAAAUACAAGGAAAACUUCGACAUAUUGUGUUUUUCAGGUAGUUGAAUCCGUAUCAAUCCACAGUUUUCUGGUGUUUUGCCACUACCUACACUGGCACAGACUUUUCGUGUUUAUUUACUACUUAUUACAAUAGUGUGUUUUUUAUCUUAGGAAUUGUGGUGACAUGGGAUCAGGAACAUGUACUGGUUCCGAAUCCAUCUUGUUUGGAUGGGCACGAGAUGCUCCAGCACUACAACUACCAAAAGGUUUGAUGUAUAAAACUUUCAUUAUAUACAGUAAAAAUGUUCCUGAACCAUUUGAAGUGGGGUGCAAGGUCACAAAUAGAAAGCAAGCACAUCAUCAUACACUAUAUAUACCUUUGUCCUUUUAUUGUAAUGUAUCCCUCCUCUAAUAGAAAAGGAAUAAUUAGCAGUUAUGUAAAAUUUAUCGCAUGAUUUUUAAUGUUGUAUUUAACACAUUCUUCUUAACUUAAAUUUUUUUUGUAGAUGUUGGGUUCAGAGUUGGUGGCAAUACUGAAAUACAAUAUCUCACGCUUCAAAUACAUUAUGCACAUGCACUUGAAGGUAUUGUGAAGUUGUCUUGGUCUAUAGUAGGCUUAAAACAUCUUGUUCAUAGCAGUAAUAGCUUGCCAAAUUUCAAGUGGUUUUGGCACACUUUCUACAAUAUAAUGAUGAGUGGUACUGAUUGACUGGUAAUUGGUAUUCGGUCGGUAGACCAUCAGAAUCGGUAGACUUUAUUAUUAUCUGUAUUUCAGUAACAUUGGAAAUCUUAAAAUGGAAAUGAAUGAUGUCACCAUUACUUGGUUGACUGAAAAUUUGUAUUGGGUAGAUUGUUGCAUGAAUAAUCGGUAAUUUCCAAUUGUGGAAUCGCAUAAGGCCUAAAACUAAAAUACCUGUGGUUCCGGUUCCCGACCGACCCUAUUAUUUUUUCAAUGCGAUUGACCAUGUGACCCUAUCUUCUCCAGGCGAUUGCGGGCUGCUCAUACAGCGUGCCAAAAUGGCGUCUGUUGUUGAACCAAAUUGCCUAAAUUCAUCCAUAGGAAAUACGCAUCUCUAGUUAAUAUUGAUGUCGGGACUCUACUGCAAAUCGCCCAGCAAAAAACCACCAAAACCAUGAAAAAAUAUUCCAAAACAAAAAUUUCACAAUAUGAAACCGGAACCACAAGUAUUUUUUUAGGCCUAAGUAUUGGGAAAGUAAUUACACUGUAUAUCAAUGUUUUAUCUUAUUUAGCUAAACAUUAUGAUAGAUCUGGAUUAACAUUGCAUGUGAAGACUGCACCGUAAGUAUUGGGAUUCCGCCCUUUAUAAAAUUUUUUUAACUUGUUAGUGGCAUAGUGCCAAUUGACAUCAUAUACAUCAUAAAAUUUAUCAACCUUUAGUGCUAUUCAGUACCAAAAGUACCAUGAAACAAGAUUUGAUAUUUUCAAUAUAUCAAUAUUUUUAUUAAAAUAAUAUCAAAUACUCAAUCUUUUAAUUGAUUAGAAAACAAUUUUAUCAUGUAUCAAUGCGACAGCCUACAAUAGAAUGUUUGUUAUUUUACGCUGUCUAACGUCAGACAAUUUUACUUGUCAAGGGGAGAGGCUGAUGCUAAUGGGGUUUUUAACAGUACAAACUUUAUUUUAGCUUACAAAAUUUUAUUUCAGGCAACUAAACUUGGCAUCAAUAUACCUUCUAUUGGCAAGUUCAGCAUACAUUCCACCAAACUCUAAAGGUUUGUAAAUAUCCUAGCUAAAAGUUUGUA